CGUCCACACACACUUGACAGACACAACAUGUAGACACUUUCUCUUAUCCAUUCACCUACUCACUCUCUCUCUCUCUCUCUCUCUCUCUCUCUCUCACACACACACACACACACACACACACACACACACACUCACAGUUUCUUGUACAACCUUAAAUAUUAUCAUCACACUUUCCCCGUCUCUGAGUCUAGAGACAUUGUGCAGAGAAAAAACUGUCUUAACUAUAAAAACUGCUCAGAAAACAAGAGAUAGAUGGGGGAGAGACAGCAAGAACAAAACAGAAAGGGUUGCAGAUGUGCUGAAGGGCUCAGAAUGAUAGACUAGUGUAGAAUGAAAAUCACCCAAGCCAUCGGGAAGAAGUGUUGUGGAUCAGACGCACUUGUGGAGAUAACCUGACACAAGAAGACAAAAGCUCAGAAAUUUACUGCACAGAGCUGUGGAACAGCAGAAAUCAACCACUGUUGUGUGUGUUUGUGAUCUCCAGCUGUGUGUGUUUGUUUGUGUGCAUCUCCGUGCCGCCCUUGACCUGACUGGACUGACGCCAUGCUGUGGACGAUCCUCCUGGCUUUGAUCCUGCUGCUGUUGCUCCAGGCUCAGCUGCUUGUUUGUCUACACGAACUACGAGCCACUCUGACUGCUGUGACUUCGACAACCCCUUCUGGAACUUCCAAUGCCACAGCUUUGCAACGUCUGCCAGGAGCCAUCAUCAUCGGAGUGCGCAAGGGAGGCACCAGGGCUCUUUUGGAGAUGCUCAACCUGCACCCAGAUGUGGAGGUAGCCAAGACUGAGAUCCACUACUUCAACCUGGAUGAAAACUUUCUGAAAGGUCUUGACUGGUACCGUGCACAGAUGCCCAUCACCCUCCCUGGACAGCUGACAGUGGAAAAGACCCCUGGCUACUUCACAGCACCACCAGCUCCAAAAAGGAUAUGGGCCACAAAUCCAGCUGUGAAACUGCUGCUGAUUGUUCGCAACCCAGCAGAGAGACUAGUGUCAGAUUAUACACAAGUUCUACACAACCGAAUUCAGCAGAACAAGCCAUACCAGCCACUGGAAGAGCUGCUACUGCCACAAGGACACAUCAACCCCAACUACAAGGCCCUUCAGCGGAGUUUUUACUACCAGCACCUGGCCAGAUGGUUGGAGGUUUUUCCCAGGGAGCAGAUCCACAUUGUGGAUGGAGAGGCACUGAUCCAGAAUCCUUUCCCUGAGCUCCAGAAAGCUGAGAAAUUCUUGGAACUUCCACCUCGGAUAAAGCCAGAUAAUUUCUACUUCAACGUCACAAAAGGUUUUUAUUGUAUGCUGUCUGCGCGGCAGGACAAGUGCCUGGAUGAGUCGAAAGGAAGACCACAUGCACCACUUAGUAAUGAGGCAUUCCAGAAACUUUGUCGAUAUCUACAAGUACCCAACCAAAUAUUUUUCAGAAUGGUGGGGCAGAGGUUUGACUGGGGCUAAAGAAGGCCAAAAAUGAUUGAUGCCUUUUACAGAGACUGAGAAUUGGAUUCAAACUAUUAUUGGCAAUCCGGUUCUAUGAAAAUAUUCCAAUGUUGCCAUAGUGAUGGGGUCAAAUGUGACUGGAUGACCAGUUUGCUUGAGAGAUAAACAAAGGCUACAACAAGGUUCCAGAUGAGCUCCAAUACCUGUGCUGGACACUAAUACAUAUACAGUUUAUCUUCUGUGGAGGACAGAAUAGUUUUGCAGGACUUCACUCUUUGGAUCUCCAUUAUCUCUAAACAUUUGAUCCAUCAGUUCACAUGUAGGUUAUGCUGUGGAUUUUUGGUGGAAAAAAGUGUCUAGAUUUCCACUCAGUGAAGAGACUGAACUUGGAAGUACAAGUGGUGGACUCUGUUUUCUCUAAUAGAAAAUAAACACAAUGUGUAUAAACAUUAAGGUUUGCAUAUAACACGAAAAAGACUGAAUAUACUGUAUUUUCAGUGCAUAAAGUGGUGCUUGGAAGCAUUUAACAAAAAAUACUGCUUUGUCAGCUGUAAUUAUUGUAGUUUAAUCAUUCUCAUGUAUAAUAUACUAAUUUGUACUUGAAUAUUUUAUUUUAAUUUUUGAAUAGAAAUAUCUAUUUUUAAAUUAAUUGGUUCUUUAUAUUAAUAAGAUAUUUCAUAACAUUUUAAGUUAAUGCACUACAUUCUGUUUUCUACUCAAUAAAUACAUGU